AUCUCUAUUAUUUUAAUAGAAAAAAAGAAUAAUUUCUAAUUUGUGAAAAGGAAGCCAUGAAAGGAGCAGCUCAGAUUUGAUACCUCAUGUGAAUACUGCCCUUGAAUGAAAAGCAGUUUGCUGUCUUGUGAAUUAUGUCACUAAAAAACUUACUUGUGCAGUGCUAUACUGAAGAAUACAAGUCUUGUAUGUGCCUUUUCUUGUUUGGAAAUUGAUAAGCAGCUGAGCUAUGAAGGAACUGUGGGCUACAGAGGAAUUGUGUUCUGUAAUGUCUUGUGAUGUAUGCAGUUUGUUAGUAGAUAUGUGCAGGCCUUCGGUAGACAAAAUACAGUAUUUGAAUUUCUGAGUGAGUGCUGCUUAAACAUAGUAGAUUCAUAAGGGUAUAUAAGCAUCUACAUUAAAAUGAUAUAAAUGAAACUUAAACCAAAAGCAGGGGACUCACUGUCUUUUUAGAAAUAUCAAGUAUAGGUAGAUAAGGUUUUGCGAAAAUACUGAACCAUUAGCUAAACAGUAAUUACUUGCUCUGAACUUAAAAUCCUUUGUUGGACCCUAUUCAGGGUCUUAGUUCUGUCUCUGUAAGUAGUUAAGGAACAGACACUGAAUAUUUUCUAGAAAUGUUUUGAAAAUGUUAAUGUGAUUAAUUUGUUAUGCUUCAGCUGGGGCGGGGGCAGAAUAAUUCUCCUAUGCCUUGAGAAAGCGGAAAUUUUUCUUUCUCUGGAAGAGGCAGUACAGCUUAAGAGUAGACCUGGUUUUAAUGCGUUACAGAACACAGUUCCACUCAUAAUUGUUGAAAGUACAUCUUUAAUAAUCUUAAGCAAUGAGCUGAAUAACUCAAAACUGCAAGGUUGCUGAUGUCAAGUGUCAUCAGAGAGAUGUUGCUGCUAGUUUUGAUGAGCAACUAAGCAACAGAUUUGCUGCUUGAAGACAGAAAGAAAGGAAGUUCUACAGCUGUUUUGUGUUAUGCUAAUUAUUUAUAAAAGUUCAAAGGGAAAAAUCAGGCAGAGGCUGUUCCCUUCUAAUAGUGUAGCAAUUAGAUACAGCUAUGAAGAAAUAAUGCUAUGAUAUGAAAAGACUUGGAUCCCUGUGCUGUGCCCUCUGCGGUCCACAGACUGUAGCAACAGCAGAGUAGCCCCUCCCACGAAGGGCCAUGUCUCCUUGUUUAUUUUGCUACCAUACAAAUACACUUUUAGCCCAUCUGUGCAAAAUCUGUCAAGUUGCAUAGUGUGGAAGAGGUGGAAAAGCGGAAUACUCCGUGUAGCUGGACUGUUACUAGAAGUGAGCUACAGCUGUAUGACAGAGCUCCUUUUCCUCUGUGCAGAUGCCCUUAGUUUCAGAGAGCAACUGGUAACAUGGAAUGCACCUCGGAAGGGGACAGCUGAACUCUCCCUCUGGCUUUAGUGAGAGAAAGAGCAGCGAUGAAAUCCAUGGACUGUGUGCAUGUCACCCAACAGAAGGAUACCGCCUCCUCUGCCCUCCCCGGCGCUGCUUCAGGCACUACAGUACUUUUUUCUGUCACAUUCCUGUGGUUUGCAAUGCUCCUGUCCUCUUGCCUUGCAGCAGUGUCUCUUUACCAUGUUGUCACCCUGAAAACAGAACUAGAAGCUCUGCGCAGUGAGCUGAUCUACAGGGUCGAGGCAAGGUCUCCGCUAGACUUGCCACCCAUGUCCCCUGCUGAAAAUAAAACGAGUACCCCUGUUUCUUCCUUCCCGCAAGUGUCUGCAACUGGCACCAGGCAGGAGAUGAGGCUUCCUGGUCCUGGACCAGCUGAAAGCUUCCAAAAGGAAAUCUGGACUGGGAGCAGAAACAGGUGGAGAAGGUCUGUUGUCCACGCAGAAGAAACAGUGCUGCAGGCUUGCUUGCAACUGAUCGCUGACAGCAAAAGUGAUAUUCAACAGAAAGAUGAUUCAAGCAUUGUCCCUUGGCUUCUGAGCUUUAAACGUGGAACAGCUCUGGAAGAACAAGGAAAUAAAAUAGUGAUCAAAGAAACAGGAUAUUUUUUCAUUUAUGGCCAGGUUUUAUAUACGGAUACAACAUUUGCUAUGGGACACCUUAUACAGAGGAAGAAGGCCCAUGUGUUCGGUGAUGAUCUCAGCUUGGUGACAUUGUUUCGUUGCAUCCAAAAUAUGCCACAGUCUUAUCCAAAUAAUUCUUGCUAUACUGCUGGCAUUGCAAAAUUAGAAGAAGGGGAUGAACUUCAACUUACAAUACCACGGAGAAGGGCCAAAAUAUCCUUGGAUGGAGAUGGUACUUUUUUUGGUGCAGUUAGACUCCUCUGAAGCCCUUCAGUUUUGUUAUUAUGCUUAAUGCAGUUUUCUUCUUUUCCUAUGCCUUUAUCAGAGAAAUAUUGUAGUAAAGCUGCCAGUUCAGACUCUUCCCAUCCACCACCAGCUUCUGAGAACUUUUCUUCGGUUUAAUAAGAGAACCCAAAACAGGAAACACACCAGACAGUUGUGAGAUAUAACCAUCAUGUGAUUACCAGAAAGAAAAUUUAUUUUAGGCAAUGGGAGACUCUAAAAAACAAUUAAAACAGUGGGUCUUGGGCUUUGAAACAAUAUCUUGUCCAUAAGGCAAACCAAAGAAGGAGCUGACCAAAAAGUAUAGCAUAAACAGGACCACUAACUAUUAAACUAUUAUCUGUAACUGAAAAGGAAAACAAGUACAUCGUAGUUUUGCUUUGUUUCAUUAAUAAAAUAUCUGAAGUAUGAAGUAUGUGAAACAUCGAACAGUUGAUUCCUUAUCAUAAAAUGGAGGUGUCAAGUGGGUUCUGGGUUCUUCAUUUUUUCUUUGACACCGUGAUUUGGGUAAGGAAAGUCUUAAUGUAUGGGAUAAUGGAAACAAACACUUCAGAAAUAUACGGAAUAGUAGCCACUGGAUGGCUUGCUUUCCUGUGAACAAAAGGGGUAUAAAUUACUAAAAUCUAUUAGUAGUUAGUAAUUAGAAUUAAUUUUACUGGAAAAAGGACACAUGACAUGCUUCAACAGUUCACUCUUCAAAGCAUUGCUACUCAUCAAGGUGUAUGCGUAAACUUACAUAAGCAAGGCAAGGAUA